GGAGAUUUGACCGAGUCUGUCACGCGCAACGAAAACAGUCACUUUCGCCGAGGACAGCGAGCGAGAGUUGAUAAGUCGAGGCAGUGCGGGAGAACGUGGUUACAAUGAGGCUCUCUCCGACAAUCGCCGCAGCGUUGCUGCUUAUUCUCGCCUCAUCGCUAUCUUCAGUAACUUCAUAUAUCAAUAUUCGAGAUCUUGAAGAAGAAUUGACGUCUCUGAUGGAUGCUGAUGAUGAUAAUAGCAAAGAAGAGACAGGAAACCAUGGUAACGCUAUGGACAAGCACGGAGGUGUUCCGAUGGGGAUCCCAUCGUUUAGACACGGAAAAUGUGAUGAUGGACAUACAGAUUUAUGGCAAGAUUGGAAUGGUUCCAAGGAUGACUACACUUGUAUGCAGACAAACCAUUGGAAAAGUCAACGCAAUGAUAACAUACAAUGGGAUAAGACACCUGAGCUAAAGAAGUAUGAACCACCAACACAUGUCUGUAUGCAACAAAAAAUAUACUAUAGUGACAAAAUCCCAACUGUAGGACCACACCGCCCUCUAUGGCCAAAGUAUGGAGAGUAUUUAUAUUUGCCACCUCAGCGAUAUCUUCAUACACUGGAGCAUGGUGCCAUAGUGGCCAUGUUCCACCCAUGUACAGAUAAAAAUGAAGUGGACAUAUUAAGAGAUGUUGUUAUUGGAUGCCUUGGUAGAUAUAUCAUUACACCUAAUAAACAUCUUACAAAGGACAGGCCAAUAGCAUUGAUUGCAUGGCGACAGAUCUUACGUUUACCUUAUGCUGAUAAAGAUGUCAUACAAACCUUUAUUAAAGAACAUGCGUUCAGAGGACCAGAACAGAAUGCAUAUGAUGGACAAUUUGAUGACAACUUGAUUGUACAUUCUAAGAUCAAUCUAAAAGAAAUACAAGCCACAUUGUGUACUUAGUAAUUUCAAGCGUACAUUCAAAUGACAACACUCAAGGGAAACGGAAAGAUUCUUAUUUAGGCUUACCUUACAAUACAAAGCAGUGUUAUAAUCCUUAAAGUUACAUUUCCAUUUCCAAACCGAG